ACCCUGGGGCGGCUCCUGCACUGGGAGGGCUGAGCUCAGAGGGAGACAGGACAGCAGAGCAGACUGCCUGAGCAGCCCUGCUUGGGAAGCUGAAGGUCUUCUCCACAGAGCGAGGACACGGCAGGCUGCAGAGACCAUGGAGCCUGGCUCAGCCACUUCCCACAGAGGAUUUGUUUCCUGGCAGGGGCUCCUGCUCACAGCUUCACUUUUAACCUUCUGGAACCCACCCACCACUGCCCAACUGACUACUGAAUCAGUGCCCUUCAAUGCUGCUGAGGGGGAAGAUGUUCUUCUACUUGUCCACAAUGUGCCAGCGGAUAGUAGAGCCUAUCUGUGGUUCAAAGGGGAAGGGACUGUUGAGGAUAAUCGGAUUGCAACAUAUAUGACAGAUGAAAACACAACCUUAGAGGGCCCUGCAUACAGCCAUCGAGAGACAAUAUACCUCAAUGGAUCCCUGCUGUUCCAGAACAUAACCCAAGGGGACACAGGAUUCUACACCUUACAAGUUGUAAAGAGAAAUUUUCUGAGUGAAUUAGCAUCUGUACAGUUGCGUGUGUACCCGGUGUUACCCAAACCCUCCAUCACAAGCAACAACUCCGACCCUGUGGAAGGAAAGGACUCUGUAGUAUUAACAUGCGAACCUGAGACUCAGAACACAACCUACCUGUGGUGGAUGAACGGUCAGAGCCUUCAAAAUGGUAAUAGGCUGAACCUGUCCGAUGACGGCAGGAUUCUCACUUUAUUCAGUGUCACAAGGAAUGGCACAGGACCCUAUGAAUGUGAAACCCGGAAUCUAGUGAGUGGCAUCCGAAGUGACCCAGUCACCCUGAAUAUUUCCUAUGGCCCGGAUGCCCCUGUCAUAUUGGCCUCAGGCUCAUAUUUCCUUCCAGGGACAAACCUCAGCCUCUCCUGCCAUGCAGCCUCUAACCCUCCUGCACAGUAUUUUUGGUUUUUCAAUGAGAAUUACCUGCAAUCCACGCAGGAGCUCUUUCUCCCCAGCAUUGCUGUAAAUGACAGCGGAUCUUAUACCUGCAGCGUCUAUAACCCCGCCACUGGCCUCAAUAGGACCACAACCAAGAAUAUUACAGUCAUUGAGCCACUGUCACCACCCUCCAUCCAAGCCACCAACACCACAGUCGCAGAAGGGGACUCUGUGGUCCUGACCUGCCUCUCAAAUGACACUGGAGUCUCCAUCCGGUGGAUCCACAAUGACCAGUCUCUGCGGCUCACAGAGAGGAUGACGCUGUCCCAGAACAGCAGUGCCCUCACCAUAGCCCCCGUCUGGAGGGAGGAUGCCGGGGAGUAUCAGUGCGAGGUCUCCAACCCGGUCAGUUCCGGAAGAAGCGCCACUAUCAAGCUGAAGGUGGAAUAUGCACCCAGUCCUGGCCUCCCAGGUGGGACCAUUGCUGGCAUUAUGGUUGCAGUUGUGGCCGGGGUGGCUCUGAUAGGUGCCCUGGCGUAUUUCCUGUUUUUCAGGAAGAUGGGCAGGGCAAGCGACCAGCACGAUCUCUCAGAGCACAAACCCUCAGUCUCCAACCACAGUCCGGGCCCCUCUGAUAACUCUCCUAACAAGGUGGAUGAAAUUGCAUAUUCUUCCCUGAACUUCAAUGUCCUGCAAACAAAGCAAUCAACUUCAGACUCCCCAUCCUCUACAAUCACAGAAACAGUUUAUUCAGAAGUGAAAAAGAAGUAAUGCGACCUGUCCUGCCACAGCACUGCUGAUGUACUCCACAUCUCUCACUGGCUUCCUGGGGGAUUUCUUUACACUCAGAAGAAAAGGAAAAAAGUCCCUCCACACUCUGUCCUCCCUAAUACAGCACCUUGAGGCUGCAGUGCCUCCGUCCAAUGUCAAUAAAUGAAAAGGUACAUCUGGGAGUCUGUAGGAAACUCAACCUUCCUUGUCUGAAAGUUGGCAAAGCCAGUUUUGGGAGAGAGUUGCCAGAACCUCCCUGCCCCUCCCUUUUUCCCAGCCUAGAUUUGUUUUAAAGUUAUUUAUUCAGAGCAUACUCAUUUCUUCCCAUCCCAGUGCUAUCCUAUCAGAGUGUAACUCAAAUUUGCCAUAAUCUUGAGGGUUAUUUCCUUUUCCACUUAAGUGUAUGUGCCAGGAAAAUAAAAGAGAGAGAGAAAGAAAAGAGAGAAAGUAAAAUCAAUAAUGGCUUUUACUUUGUCUCCAAAUCCUGAUGUGAAACCCACCAUACCCAGGAAAAUCAAAUAUGUAACCAAUAGUGCACUGGGAAAUUGUGUACUUUUGUCUACUGUUGGAUCAGGGUCUAAACAUCUUGCUGCUUAGCUGGAGUGCCACCUAAGCCCUCUGGCAAGCCCGUCUCCAGAGACUCCACCAGAAACAACUAGGGAAAUGAUUUGCCAAGGUCCACAGGCGAUUCCCAAUGGAAAAUGCAAAAGUACACAUACACUUUUAAUGCCUGUGUAGGCUUUAUUCAAGGAAGUGCCUGGAAAAAAAGACUAGUUUCAUGACAGAACUCAACUUUGAAUAGAUGCAAUCUGCUGGGAAGUUGGGAAAAGAACAGAGUUAUUCUUCAUCAGUUAUUUAAAAUUAUUGUUGAAGUGGGCUGGGGAUUUAGCUCAGUGAUUUUGCCGCCUGCUGCGCAAAUGUAAAGACCCGAGUUUGAUCCCCGGUACAAAAAAAAAAAAAAAAUUAUUGUUAAAGAAUGCACAACUGGAGGCACAUGGUUUUUUCCCUUUUCUGAGCCAUUCCGCCAUUUUAAUUUUUGUAACUGCUCACUUCUGUGAAAAGAGUUAUUUUUACUUAGCUGUGUAAGUUGGCCUGACUGCUUUGGUAUAGGAAGCUGCCCAAAUCGCUCAGGCCCCCUUGGCCAGGAGCCUCUCAAGGCUUUUUUGUCAAAGGCUUCAAAUUAAAAAAAUAAGAAUCGAUCCCCGGUACAAAAAAAAAAAAUAAUAAUAAUAAUAAAAGAA